AUGUUAACACUAGCGAUGCGCCAGCACACUGAUACAACUAGGGUGCCAUCUACCAGUUCCAACAACAUCAACAACAACAAUAAUAGCAAUGGGGAUGAAUUUGUUGACAUUUUACAGGUUCAACAAAUCCUAUUGGAUUCGAACCGGAGAGAUUCAUCCGGUUUGCACUCGGUUAAUUCGCAACCUCGUCUGGUAAUGGAUACCUUAAACUCCACCUCUUACUAUUACGGUAAUCCUACUUACCAUCAAACUCCGCCAGGAUCGGCAGGAGCCAGUAUGGACGAAUUGGUUGCGAUGUGGUUUAGUGGAGGAGCUAACACAUCUGAAAGAUUCUGCUCAAAAUCUCAGAUCUUUGCAAACUUUUCUAGUUCUUCUAAAGAGAAGAUUCAGCUCCUUUUGAUCUCGUUAGAUUCUCAAGAACCUUCAGAUGCUGAAUUGUUUUUUGGCAAAUGUUCAUCGCCGCAAGACCCAAAACCCAGUGACAAAAUGAUAAUGGACACUUUGGACACGUUGUCCAGCCAUCAGCAUCAUCAUCACCAUCAUCAUCCGCAUGUGUCCACUGCAUUUCUUCUAACGGAAACUGCAGCUGCUGCGGCUCAUCAUUUUAACGUGCUGAGUUUCGACACUUGUCUUUACAAGGGUAGCUCAGGUGCGAGUUCGGGCGGUAGCCCUACACCAGCUUCGAUUUGUGCCUCCGAAGGUGACACUAUCGGAAUUGAGGGAGCACCGGGUGAUCUUAAUACACCGGUUACCACUGCAGGAGACGCACCAUCUUUCUUUGGACCUAGUACUGUGGUUGAACCACCACCAAUUACAGGUACUCUCGAUCCCGAAGAGUUGUCCAUCGACCAACAAAGUCAGCAACACCAAACGUCACCACACCAUUCACCAAACAGCUCGCACCUGACUGAACGAGGCACGCCUCAAGAAUCAGCACUAAGUCCCAAAGAAGACAGUACGAAUCAAAGUUCUUUAAGUACCAUGUACCCGCAUCAUUCAACUAACAACAACAACAUGGGCAAAAUGCCACAACACCGUUCAGUGUACACAAGUGCUGGAAGCCCCAAUAUGAUGGUUCAAAGUCAAGAAGGCAUGACACAACAAAAUUUGGGGCACAGCCCCUCAGCCGUCGGUCAAUGGUUACUAUCCAGUGGCGAUAAACCAAUGUACCCGUCAAUGUUUGGAUUUCUACAAGGUACUUCCAGUCAAACAAGUCAAAGUCCGCAACAGUAUUCCAGUGCCACGCCAUCUCCUGCCGGUACUCAAUACGACGAUAGAGGCACCGAGCAAUUAAUGCUCAGCAUGGAUUGUACCGCUUUGAAACAGCCCCCUAGCUAUCCAAGUUGUUCGAGUACCAGCACAACCCUCCAACUAGACAUGCAACAAAAUGAUUUAAUUUACUCGAGACCGAUUGUAGCUCCUUCGGCCAAAUACCAAUGGGAAACUCAAGAGUAUUCACCACAGGGCUCGAUAGUACCAGGUCCUAGCUCUCUAGUACCUAAACAAGAACCGUUUUCAACAUCAUGCGGAGCAGAGUUGCAGCAAAGCUCCUCACCAUACGGAGCAGUGCAACUAGCAGAAUACAACCCAUCAACAUCGAAGGGCCACGAAAUCUUAUCGCAAGUGUACCAACAGAGCGCGGUACCGCUCAAACUCGUACCGGUAAAACCGCGAAAGUACCCGAAUCGGCCGAGUAAAACGCCCGUACACGAACGACCGUACGCGUGUCCGGUGGAAAACUGCGACCGGCGGUUUUCGCGGUCGGACGAACUAACGCGGCACAUACGGAUCCAUACCGGACAGAAACCGUUUCAGUGCCGGAUUUGUAUGCGCAGCUUUUCGCGGUCGGAUCACUUGACGACGCACAUCAGGACUCAUACCGGCGAGAAACCGUUUUCUUGUGACGUUUGCGGACGGAAGUUUGCUAGGAGCGACGAGAAAAAGAGGCAUGCAAAAGUUCACCUCAAGCAACGAAUGAAGAAAGAAUCGAAACUCUCUUCAUCGAGUGCGACAUCGACAACUUCCAACAAUAAUAACAACAAUACUUCCGUCCCGACGACGCCGACUCACAUGGCGUCGCCGCACCAUCACACGCACCACCACCACCACCAUAUGCAUCCUCACCAAAUGAUUUCGACGCAUACGGUUACUAGUGAGGAGGUCCCGGUCGGCGACUGCUACAUUCUAAUUCAAGACGACUGUGAUCUGACCAGCGUUGCCGGUACCAGCACGCCUGGCGAAACUCCCAAGAUAGUUUUCAUUCAAAUAGACGACAUCCCAUCCGAACCGUUAAUGUCCGGCCAGCCGACCAUCAUCAGGCAGCCCGGUCUUCGUAUAAACAUAGAUCAGAGUGCAUCGAUCAGAGAAGAUUCCAGUCCAGUACCGGAUACUCCGACGCUGCUAUCGUUGGGCGAAGGUAUGGGCAGUACUAUCGAGUUGUUGCCAAUGAUGAGGUGCGACGAUGACGGGGGGAGUAGUGACGAGAGUGUUAGGGUGGAUGAUAGUGACUGA